CCCACCUCAGCCAGGACAGAAGCAUCUGCAAGGUUCCCAAUGGCCCCAACCUCAGCCUUCCUCACGGCCCUGGUGCUACUCAGCUGCAAUGCCAUCUGCUCUCUGGGCUGUGACCUGCCUCAGACCCACAGCCUGGCUCACACCAGGGCCCUGAGGCUCCUGGCACAAAUGAGGAGAAUCUCUCCCUUCUCCUGCCUGGACCACAGAAGGGACUUUGGAUCCCCUCAUGAGGCUUUUGGGGGCAACCAGGUCCAGAAGGCUCAAGCCAUGGCUCUGGUGCAUGAGAUGCUCCAGCAGACCUUCCAGCUCUUCAGCACAGAGGGCUCGGCUGCUGCCUGGAAUGAGAGCCUCCUGCACCAGUUCUGCACUGGACUGGAUCAGCAGCUCAGGGACCUGGAAGCCUGUGUCAUGCAGGAGGCGGGGCUGGAAGGGACCCCCCUGCUGGAGGAGGACUCCAUCCUGGCUGUGAGGAAAUACUUCCACAGACUCACCCUCUAUCUGCAAGAGAAGAGCUACAGCCCCUGUGCCUGGGAGAUCGUCAGGGCAGAAGUCAUGAGAUCCUUCUCUUCCUCCAGAAACCUGCAAGACAGACUCAGGAAGAAGGAGUGACAGACACCUGGUUCAUCAUAGAAAUGCUUCUUAC